AACUGGAAGAAAACACGAUUCUGGAUGUCACCGGUCCUUCUCCAGAGAUGUUUUUUUGUGUGCAAUGUCCUCAGCCGAAGUUAAAUGCGCCCUCUCCACAGCGGCGCGCGCACGUGCAUUCUAACGGGAAAUUACAAACCGAAAGUGAAGUCAUUUUAUACAACCAAUAUAAAAGUGUACUUGUGAAAAAUCAAGAAUAUGAGAGAGUAGCUAUAUUUCUUUGGACUAUUUUGAUUUUAGAAAGGCUUCUCUGCCAUGCGUCACUGAAAAGGUGGCUGCAAGCCGGAAACGGACGACGAGAUAACAAAGGAGACGAAGGACGAUGAAACAACUCACAAGUCUGGGGUCUCAAAUCAAUGCAUGCACACCUUCUGUAGCACGAGGCGGUGCUGCUUGCCUUCCCGACCGGAUCCAGUGAGGCUAACUCAGCGGUCCAUUCCAAUCGACCUGAGCACGGCUUCGGCCUCAGGUUCCACACUGAGGCGAGGCGACUCCGGAGUCCAGGUGUGGUGAAGGUAUGGACUGUAACUGUGUCAGUGACUUGCUGCUCACCCCCCCUGUCCCAGCCCUCUGGACCCCAGGCAUUGCCUUUCCGGACUGGGCCUACAAGCCCGAGUCGAGCCCCGGCUCCCGGCAGAUCCAGCUGUGGCACUUCAUCCUGGAGCUCCUGCAGAAAGAGGAGUACCAGGGGGUGAUCGCCUGGCAGGGGGAUUACGGAGAAUUCGUGAUCAAAGACCCCGACGAGGUGGCAAGACUGUGGGGUAUCAGAAAGUGCAAGCCUCACAUGAACUACGACAAGCUGAGCCGGGCACUAAGGUACUACUACAACAAACGGAUUUUGCACAAAACCAAAGGCAAGCGCUUCACCUACAAGUUUAACUUCAGCAAGGUGGUUCUGGUGAACUACCCUCUCCUGGACAUGGCCAGCUCCCCUUUCCUGCUCGCCCAGAACCACUUCAACGGCGGGUCGGCGGCGCCGGACUGCAGCCCGGUCACCCCCGAGGCUCUGCAGUCCCUAUUCCCUCGCUUGCCGGAGUCAGUGAGGGCGGGUUCCCUGUUUGAGAGAGCGGGAGGCCCCCCAGGGCCCGAGGGGGACAAACUCAGACUGGACGCUUUUCCGUUUCUGAGCUCAGGUGCCCCUUGUUACUCCAAGCCCCCCUCUCUGCUGGGACCUUACCCCCGUACCCCACCCUUCGACUACCCCUGGGGCUUCAACCCCUACCUCCCAGGGGCAUUCUCCCUGAACAACUGUCCCAAACUGCCCUCCGGCUCGCUCUACCCCUCCCACUUCUACCCAAACCCGCUCCAGAGCAGCCUGUCCCAGCUGCCCCACCCCUUCUCUUCCCUGCUGCCGCCGAGCGACUCGGGGGAGAGGGGCGGGGGCCAAACGGGGGGGACCAACGGCACGGCGGGGGGGCAGCCCAGACUGUGCAUCCCCCCCUACCCGGGCGCCCUGUCGCUCAGCAGGACUGAACAGGGGAACGGGUGCGCGGGGGAGCGGGAGCGGGGAGAGGCUAACAGCCAGGGCAGCGGGCUGGGCUUGGGGCUGGGGCUGGGCCUGGGCCUGGGCCUGGGCCUGGGGGGCGUGGGCCUGGGGAGCGCCGGCGGCCGACAGAGCCCCUCGGAGAGGCGAGGGGGGGUGAAGCAGGACCCCGAGUCCGACUCGGAGCUGGAGAUCACCGACCUGAGCGACUGCAGCUCGGAGAACGAGAACGAGGCCGACUUCGCCGUCUCCAAGGAGGCCAGGCUGAACAGCCGGCCGCAGGGCCUGGAGGGCAAAGCGGCGGCGCCCCUUCCGCCCCUCUCCUCCCUCCCCUGCCACGCUUCUCCCCAUCCGCUCAAGAGCCUGCUGCCUGGCACCCCUCCACCUCCAUCCCUCCCUCCACCUCCAUCCCUCCCGCCUUCCCUCUCUCCCUCCCGCUCUCUCGUGGAACGACACAGGGAAACAGAAGCACUUAAAUCAACUCACAGCUAAUAAAUACACUCUCUGGUUAACUACACCUUUCCCUCUGUCUCCCCUCUCUCUCUUUCUCCGUGGCUCCCUCUCUCUCUCUCUCUUUAAUGCCAUCUUUAUUGUCACGGUGCUCUUUUAGCGCUUAUUUAUUUGUUCCUUCGGGCUCUUCUCCUCUGUCCCCUCCCUACUCAUCCCUCUCUGUGCUGUCGUUUAGUUUCCUCUCUGCCGUGUCCCUGCCCUCUUUCAGUUCACUUCAUCCUUUCUCCCUCCCUCCCUCCCUCCCUCCCUCCCUCCCACGCCCGCGCUCCUCUCCUCCUCUCGUGUUAAUUCAUCUGCAGCCCCCGCCGACUCGCGACUUCGGGCCCAGCCAGGGUGUCGUGGGGGGGGCGCUAUCGUUUCCUCGGAAGGUUCCGGCUCCGUUCGCCCACUCAAAUUGCGCCCCAGCUCAACGAGCCACGCGCCCCCGACUGCGUUUGACCCUUACACCCCCCCCCCCCAUCCCCCAUCCCCCAAUCAGGCAGCUCCCAAAGGUGUUCCAGUCAGAAAAGGAGCAUUUUGAAUAAGUGCCAAAACAUCACGGUUACACAGUGGUACUUACUGUUCUUCUUAGUGAAACAAAAGGGUAUGUUACGCCGGAAAGCUCUACACUGUGCAAUAUUGUACUGUGCAAUAAUUUUUGACGAUUAGUGUUGUGUUGCUGACGAUAACUGUGCUGUUCUACCUUGUGCUCCGCUUGACUGUGUUUGCACUGAACUGCCCUGCGCUAGGCUGAGGUUUGCUGCAGUGAGCUAAACUGCGCCAAUUACAGGGUGAGAUGACAUGCCGUGCUCCAUUACACCAAACGGAGCGCCGAACCACUUCAUUUCAACCUGCACUCCGAGGCAAAAUGCUGAACGGGCAACAAUAAAAUCUGAUGUCAUUUUCCUACGAUGUUGCAGACAACAGUAUACGUUCCAGGAUUUUGGCCGUCGGUUUUUUGGUUGCGGUCGGUGCAGCAGGUUCUGUGCGGGUUGCAGUUUACAAUUUAUUGGCAGACAUUGCCAUCUAGUGGAUAAUUGGCAUUCCUACACAUGACGGCAGGCAGACAAAUUGGGUAUGAAAGGCUUGUGGAUGCACAGAGCUCUGUACAUGUUAAUUUGAAGUUAAUCUUCAGGUUGUUUACUAUAUGUUAUUUAACAUGCAUUCCUUUAUCCUUUUGUUAAUCUGUCUGUAUACGAUGUUGUACAAAAAUACAGUCUUGUUUAAUUCUA